UUCUUUCCUUCCUGGCAUAUACUCCUGGGAUGUGAGCUGGGGGUUAACUGAGUCUGCAGCUUUGGCAGGAACAGCUCAGGUUCUGGAGGUCUAACCUGAGCUAGACUUUUUGGUACGGUCUGAGGUUUCCCCUCCCCUUUCCGCGAAGAUGGUUGCUCCCACAUCGCACGGAAGUGCUUGUGGUCCGGUCCCGGGGUUGGACUGGUGGCAGGACAUGGAGCUGCGGGGUCCUGUCGGCAGCCCUAGCAGAGCACCGGCUUCCGCCGAACCGGCUCAGACCUCGGUGACCCUGGCGCAGCUCCUGCAGCUGGUCCAAGAGGGCCGGGAACCGCCGGGUCUGGAGAAACGCCACAUCACUGCCACGCACGGCGAACCGACGGCGUCGCUGCUUCCGCGGAGGCCCAAGCCCUGGGAGGACGCAAGCUCGGCCGCCUCGUCCCGCAGCACCAACCUAGAUUCGUGCUCGCAGUCUCCGACCGUGGGGGAGCCGGCCCCGGGCAGUCCAGCGACCCAGCGUGCCGGAGGUCCAGCGAGUUCCUGAGCUCCAGGGCUUUCGCAGCCGAGAUCCGGAGGGCGUGACUGGCUCCUGCAGGAGCCUGAGGAUCUGGACAGCUGCCUCCUUUACUCAUGGGUCCGCAUCUGUUCUGACCUGUCUCAGCCGUACCGUCUUCCCGGGAGACUCAAUGCUGCCCAGGAAUUUUGGUUUGGACGAUGAAUCUCAACUGCAUACCAUAUUCUGUAUAAUUGAAACAAGUAUUUUACCACCUGCUCACAGUAACGGGCUACCUUUUGAUGAUACUGAUAAACCAGAGAGCCAAGUCAUUUCUAA